AUGAUUACUAGAAGAAAAUCAUAUCAUUUUGAUCAAUUUGAUAUUGAUAGCAUAAUUGCUAAAUUAGUUGGUCGUGAGGCAACUUCUAGUACAAAACCAUGGCAUAGAACUGUUGAAAUUUCAGAAAAUGAUAUAAAAAUAGUUUGCCAACAUGCUAGACAAAUAUUUUUAGAACAACCUAUGUUACUUGAGUUAUCAGCUCCAUUAAAAAUUGCUGGAGAUAUUCAUGGACAAUUUUCAGAUCUUUUACGUGAUUAUGUUGAUCGUGGACCAAAAUCUCUUGAAACAAUUGUUCUUUUAUUUUGCUAUAAAAUAAAAUAUCCAGGAAAUUUUUUUUUAUUGAGAGGUAAUCAUGAAGUAGCAAGCUUAAAUAGAAUUUAUGGAUUUUACGAUGAAUGUAAAAGGCGAUAUUCAGUUAGACUUUGGAAAACUUUUCAAGAUGUAUUUAAUUGUAUGCCAAUUGCUGCAAUAAUUGAAUCUAAAAUAUUUUGUUGUCAUGGUGGUUUAUCACCACAUUUAAGAAACAUGGAUCAAAUAAGACGCAUGGCUCGUCCAAUUGAUAUUCAAGAUACGGGUAUUUUGUGUGACAUUCUUUGGUCUGAUCCUGAUAGUAAAAUUCUUGGAUGGGGUAGAAAUGAUAGGGGUGUAUCAUAUACUUUUGGAACUGAUGUAUUAGAUGAUUUUUUAAGGAGAAAUGAUUUAGAUAUUGUUGUUCGUGGUCAUCAGGUUGUUGAAGACGGGUAUGAAUUUUUUGGAAAAAGAGGUCUUGUCACAAUAUUUUCUGCACCAAAUUAUUGUGGACAAUUUGAUAAUGCAGCGGCUGUUAUGAGUGUUGAUGAAAAUCUGUUAUGUUCAUUUCUUAUAAUUCACCCCACUUUUACUGUACUUAAAGAUAAAAAUAAUUCUCCUCCAAUGAUUGGAAAUCCAAACAAUGGAAUAUGUCAUCCACUUCCGAUGAUGACUUCAGGUGAAUCAAAAAUUUUAUCACCAUUAGAGUCAAAAGUUUCAAGAGUUUUUAGAAGAGGAGUUUUAUAA